AUGUCAAGAACCCAAGGGUCUCAGCCUCACCACGAAUCUAACUCAGUGGGCGAGCUCAGCAUGGGACCAGUCCACGAGGUCGCUCGGGGUGGCGCCGAGGAGCACGACGAGCUGGUUUGUGGGCUGGGGAAUUUGUACAGAGGCUCGCUGGAUUGUUGGCAAGACCAUACCACACUCGCACUGAAACAGCCAUUGGUCCAUUCACUGACACAGUCAAUGUCCGCCAAGACAUGCGACUUCUGCAUUGUUGCAAAAAGUCAUGACGACGGUGAACGCAAGACAUGCGUAGUUUUUGACAACGUGCACAAUAGGGACUGCAACCGAGGCUACGAUGCGCUGGAGACGAAACGCACGGAAGCGCCAAGUGGUGCCAAGGCGGAAGAGGCCUUGGAGAUAGGAGCAAAGAGGAAAUCAAUCACACCUUUGAAGAGUGCGCCUUCUUACUUGGCACUGUGCCCAGGGUUCGCUUAG